GUAGGUGAGAGACUUGGUUGCUAAGUAACAAAUCAGGAAUAAAUAGGCAAAAGCUCAGGCAGAAAAUCCAUCGUCUCUUCUUAGUCCAAGCAGUGAUCAUGGCAGAAGUGAAGGUUUUUGGUAUGUGGGGAAGCCCAUUUAGUCGCAGAGUAGAGAUUGCUUUGAAUCUGAAAGGCGUCGAAUACGAAUACAUAGAUGAAGAUAUCGCCAACAAGAGUCCUUUGCUUCUCCAAUACAACCCUGUUCACAAGAAAGUCCCGGUUCUUGUCCACAAAGGAAAGCCGCUGGCUGAGUCUGCUGUUAUUCUUGAAUACAUUGAUGAGACCUGGAAAAACAACCCCAUCUUGCCUCAAGAUCCCUUUGAGCGAGCCAUUGCACGUUUCUGGGUUAAAUUCAUCGAUGAAAAAUGUAAUCCUGCAGUAUGGAAAGCUCUCUGGAGUGAAGAGAAGGAGAGAAAGGAGGCUGUGGAAGAAGCAUGUGAGCAACUGAAAACGCUGGAAAAUGAGCUUAAAGAUAAGAAGUUCUUUGGAGGAGAGAGUGUUGGAAUAGUUGACAUUGCUGCCAACUUCAUAGCAUACUGGACUGCAGCCAUUGAAGAAGCUUCAGGAUCGAAAGAAAAGUUUUUCACAGAAGAGAAAUUUCCAAAAUUACAUCAGUGGAGUAAAGAGUUUGUGAAUUGCCAUUCAGUGAAGGAAAAAUUGCCGGCGAGAGACAAAAUGAUCGCCUUCUUCGGUGCCCGUUUUACUGCUUCUCAGUAGAAUCUUUACCUUUUUUAUAUGGAGGUUUUUGUGUGUCGUAGAUGAAGCUGCUAGCUUUCAAAAGUAACGCUACUGUUACUGCAUGUUGUAGCCGUUGGAUUAUGAUGAUCAAACCAUUGACCAUAAUCUAAGGGCUACCAAUAAGUAUAUUUAGUCAAGUCUGAGUCGGCUACUUAAAACAGUUUGUGGAAAAUAAUGUAUCAUGAGAUCAUGCCAACCAUGGACCCUUCACCCCUUUGUGACUUGAAAUUAAAUAAUACAAUGUCCCACGUUAUCGUUUUGACU